ACCGCAGUGCUAGAAAACAAAUGACAUGAAUGAAAGGCGGCAGUACUAUAUUCCAAUUUCUAUAGAAGAUUAAUUCAUCGAAGUAAAGGUCCACAACUUACCACAUCGAAUGCAAGUCAUCUGCACCAGUUUGGAAAAUUGGCGCGACUUCUGCCUCGGAGUCGCUAUCUGCCAAGGCGAUAUCAUCAAUGAUGCCGUAAAGUGGAGCUCCUUCUGUUCGUCUUGGAUCUGAACCUCAACCUCACACUGGAACUGAGAUGCUGUUCUCAGAAAACAAUGACAACCACUACCCGUCGCUCAGAGUGAGUGAUUUAAUCAUUAGGAAGAACAUACCAAACAUACUAGGGCGCAACAGUAUUCUGGCCAGUGCGGCUUACGGGUCGCACGCUGCUGCCGGGGCCUGGUGGGGGCAACACUCCCAUUCAGUGCACGCAGCCGGUGCUGCCAUGUACGAGGACCCUUCCGGCGUUGGCCAGACAGGUGUUGGCAGCCGGAGUCCACCGUCCCUGCAGCAUACCAACCACACCACGAACCAUAUCGUACAGCAGCAACAGCAGCAGCAGCAGGCCCAACAGCAGCAGGCUCAACAGCAAGCUGCAGCGGCCGCAGCAGCAGCCGCAGCUCAGCAGCAACAAGCCCAACAGCAGGCUCAGCAGCAGCAACCUUCACAGGUUCCGUCGCAGGCCAGCUCCCAGCAGACCAAUUCCUCCGCCACUGGCCCGCAGCAGAGCAGCUCGGUCGUAUCCUCGCAGACCCAGAUCGUGGCACCUUCCACGGCCAGUGAAUCACCUGCCAGUGUGAGCUCGCAACCCUCAGGCCCUCUCCACAUACCAGCAAAACGUCCAGCGUUCGAGACGUCCGCCGACUCGUCCCGGCUGCGGCACUCGGCCUACCCGUGGGGCUACGACGCCGGGGCGGACCCGAGUGCAGCGGCCGCCGCCGCCGCCGCCUACCACCCGCAGUACCCGUACGGCCUCGGGGCGGACAUCAAGCCGAUGUACUACCCGGGCUACACCGAUGCCAACUUUCAACAUCACUACUAUCCAAAGUAUGAACCGGACGCGUACAUGCCGCCCUCGGAGCGUUCCCGAACCGUGACGGGGGACACCCCCUCGGCGCUCCAGUCCAGCUACGACUCGUACAACUCCACCGGACUUCGGCCGUACUCGAGUGAAACAUAUCCUAAUCCCGUCGGUUCGAGCCUGUCUGUGGGCGUGAGCGGUGUCGGUUCCUGCACCCCCUCGAACCCGCUCGAGUGGACCGGCAACGUGACGGUGCGGAAGAAGCGAAAACCGUACUCAAAGUUCCAAACGCUCGAGCUGGAGAAGGAGUUCCUAUACAACGCGUACGUCUCCAAGCAGAAGCGGUGGGAGCUGGCCCGGAAUCUGAAUCUGACCGAGCGGCAGGUCAAGAUAUGGUUCCAGAACCGGCGCAUGAAGAACAAGAAAAACUCCCAGCGGCAGGCGUCCCAGGUCAACAACAGCAGCAGCAGCAGCUCGAGCCACAGCCACGGCCAGCAGCAGUCCCAUCACAACUCGCACCACCUCAACCUGGGGCUGGGCAUGCCGCUGCACGGGUCCAAGAUGCAUCAGUGACCCAUGGAGGCACCCGUCGCCGUCUCCUCCGCCGUCGUAACCCAUCAGGACGACCUCGUCAACGGCCAACAUCAACACCACGUUGCAGGCCAACAGCAGCAGUCGCAGCAGCAGCAGCACCUGAAGAUGGAAAUGUGCGACGUCCCGACCGCGCCCAUGUGCAACCACAUCCCGCACCCACAUCUGAUCAAUUAUCACCACUAGAAAGAGGGUGGGUGUGAGGUUUGCGCACUCCUUGAUGAUUAUACGUAAUAUAACCGCGUGCAAGCAAGGCCACCAACAACAAUACUAAGCUUCUUCAGUGUGUGUGUGUGCGUGCGUGUGUGCGCGCGUCGUCGUGUGGAUCUGCGGAGGAACCCUAAAUUUACAAAAAAAAAAACACUUUAAUUAAACCAUAAUCGCAUUGAAUGUAAAUAGUACAAUUAAGCUAAAACGAGUGAGGAAGGGAAAGAGUUUUAAAUUUUCCAUAAAAAAAAAUAAACCCUUGAAAAGAGCCGAAAGCAAACUAAAAAUCAGUAAAAGUUAGUGAUUAAAUAGGACAUGACAUAAUUCUGUGGUGGAAAUUUCGCAUAAUAACAAAAGAAAAGAGUAAAACUAAAAAAAAGGGAAAAUUUUCUUUCCUCGGUUAUUAGGUUUACGUUAGAAAUUUCCUAGACAAACAAAAAAAAAAUUUGAAAAAUAUGAAAAAAGAAAGCAAAAAGCAUGUGAUUAUUACUUUAGUUGACUAGUUUACGCCCUUCUUUCCCUUCAUGUUUCGGUUGUUUCCUCCCCCCUUUUUACUCAAGCUCUUGAGUGCACGCGCUCUCUCUCUCACCCACUCGCGCUCAGAGCUUCUCAACUUGAUGUUUGCUCAGUUAUGGAAAAAAAUCCUUUGUCCCCCUCCCCCCUACAAGCAACACAUAAAUGAAGCUCUGUCGAUAAAGAAGCACAAGACUCUUGUAUUAGUUUUAUAAUAUGAGUUACAAAAAGGGAAAAGAAAACCUGCUUUUCCCGAUGCAAUCAAUCGAACCAGUGACCUCUUUCAAGAUUAUUUAUUUUCAAAACGCAUAAAAAAUCAAAAGCAAGUUGUUUGUUUAUUCCCAAUUUCUUUUUUUAACUGUUGAGUUUUAGAAAUGUUGACCUUAGAAAAAUGUGUUCCAUUUAGUAACUGUUUUUGCUCAUGAAUCAAUCAUCAAUCAAAACGACUUGAUAGUUUUCAAACUGCCCCCCUCGUCAACCCCCUUUUUAUCAGUUUUAUUUGUUUUAGAGAGCUUUUACUGUUCAGUUUAAUAUUAGCCAAGCCUACUACUACCGGGAUGAUUGCAAAUUUCUUUGACACGGAGGAUUGUCGUUUAUUUAUGUAUUUUUAUUUGUACAUAUAGACACACACGGUAUGGAGCCCAACCACCCCCUUUUCUCUUUUCGACAUAUAAAGAGAAUGAGUAGAAUAGUGUUAAGCGAACUAGUGCUAAAAUAGAGUAAAAUGUGUAUCUUCAAAAACAAAAAUGGGGAAAAAAUAAACUUAAACCAGAGCAGAACAUCACUAUUUCUAGAUAUAAUCAUCAAACCAGUUUUGAAAUUAUAAAAUGUGCUCAAAUUUUUCAUAAAGCAAAGAAAAACAUAACUUUAGUAACGAUGAUAUUAAAAAAAAACGAAUCCAUGUUUAAACCUACACAACACAACACAAGCAAACAUAAUCGUACUGUAAAAAGAAAUCAGCCAUCCCGACUUGGUGCAGACCGAACUUGGUCUGCCAACCCCGGUUUUUCUCAUAGAUUCCGUUUUUCCCCAAACCGUACUAAACACACCCGCAACAGCGAAAAUGUAUUUGAUGCCCAGUUAUCUCAGAUAAGAACAAAAUCGAAGAAGAAACCUCUCUUGAGCGAAUUUUAGAGCAGCGCAGCAAACCUGCGUGUGCUAACCCAAACACUGAACAAAAAAAAAAACAGUUUUCUUUCAGGAUACAAAAAAUUAAGACGAAUGCGCGCCCUCUCCCCCUGUGUAAAUAGUACUUUGCGGUAGGUCUUACAGAAAAAAACCUCUAAGCAUUACAUAAAAAAACAUUGGAGCUAAAAUAUUCACCAGCAAAUGACAAAAAGGAUAAAUCAACAAAAGCAAAAUGGAUUCAUUCAACUUCCGAGAAAGAGGGAAAGUGACAUGAAAUGUAAGAGAAACUAAUUGAAGAUACAAAUAAAGAAUAACCGAUGUAAUGAGAGAACAUUUUAACUAUUGUAAUUUAAAAUUAAUUAGUUUUAAUAUAAUGACUUUAAAUAAACGUAUUAAUAUAUUA